AUGGCGACGGAGAUCUUGAGGCCUCAGGAUUGUUUGACCCAGCGGAUCAGAGUCCCUCCCUGUCGCCGCAGAAAUUUUCAUUACCACGGCCACGCCAACAACGGAAAUGGAAGCGUUAACAAUCAUUCUAGCAAUAGCAGUAGCAACAGCAGCAGCGGUAUACCUUCUUCUAACCCUAGGUUUAACAGGAAGCCUGCAGCGGCCGGGCAGAAGUCGGCCGACCACCAGAGGAAGCGCCAUCAGCCGGAGCCGUCCAUCUCGAAGAGAUCGACCUCCGCCGAUGACUUGAGGAUCCCUUCCUCGAAGAAUCACCACCACCAGAGCCGCGGCCACAAUCACAGCCACAGCCUGGUGAUGGAUAAGGUGACGAUUCUCAGGCGAGGCGAGCUGCUCGAUUCCAGAACCGUCGCUGCUGGUGGAGAAGCGAGUUCUUCGGUGGCGGUGAACGGUACGGAGAGGAUUGGACCGUGUCCCGAGGCGGUGCCGAGGCAGAUCCGGAUCACCGACGCGAGGCCGCCGCCGCCGCCCUUGGCUACGCGGAAGUGCGACGUGUACGCCGGAUCGGCGUUCGCGAUGUCACCCGCUCCCAGCGCGCUCCCGCUGCCGUCGUUCUCGAAGAAGCAGGUUUCCGUCGACGACUCGGCUACCAGGGACCUCCGACGCUUGCUCCGGCUGGAUCUUUGA